AUGGCAUUGGUGUGGAAAGAUUACUACAGUAUUACAAAAUGGUUAUUGUUAUUCUGCGGCCAGUGGCCUUAUCAGAAAAACCGAGCGAGGCUUUUUCAGUUGAGCACGGUGACUUUGGUCAUUUUUUCGCUGAUUUUUCCACAGGUGGCCCAAAUUUUUUACUGCGAUGGAAAUGCGCGAUGUAUUCAACUGACCAUACCAGUGCUUAUGUUGAUGGUUAUGCUUCUGGUGAAACUAUAUACAUGCCAGUUUAAUAGUAGCAAAGUAUGCCAAUACCGAAAUUUAUGUUUGGUCAGAAAAUAUUUAUUCAAAUUUUCAUUAGCCUUUGCGAUCGUAGUCUUCUACGAUCGUCGGACUCUCCCAUAA